CGCCUGCUGUACUUCGUCGCCAGCCAUCAAUUGCCACCAAGACAUGCUCCCCUCGACAGUCGGAAAAUCGUGGUUUCUCUCGGUAUCAAUCCAAUCGUCGCGGGUUGGUUACCGAAGACCCAGUGUCUGGUUCCCGCACUGGGGUCGGAGUCGUCUUUUGGUUCCUUGUGUCCGUACCACUCCAAAACAACUGGUCCGCUUCGUUUCGAAUGUUUCUAGUGCACCAACAACAUGGAUCGAUCGCCUUCCUCCCAGAGUACAACCCUACCUCCACCUUACUAGGAUCGAUAAACCCAUUGGGACACUCUUACUGUUCUAUCCAUGCACCUGGUCAAUAACGAUGGCUUCGUACGCGCUAGACGCCCCACUUGCGACAAAUCUGGCCUACAUCGGUCUUUUCGGGCUCGGUGCAUUGGUCAUGCGAGGUGCAGGCUGUACAAUCAAUGACAUGUGGGACAAGAAUCUCGACAGGGCUGUAGAGAGAACGCGGAUGCGACCGCUUGCCCAAGGAGCUCUGACGCGACGUGAAGCACUUGUGUUUCUCGGCGGACAGCUGGCAGUUGGGCUUUGUGUGCUUCUGCAGUUAAAUUGGUACAGCAUCCUUCUCGGAGCCUCCUCGCUUUCGGUGGUUACGAUAUACCCACUCAUGAAGCGAAUAACGUAUUGGCCACAAGCAGUGCUCGGUCUGGCCUUCAACUGGGGCGCUUUCCUUGGUUGGUCUGCAAUAGCAGGUACUGUUAACUGGCAUGUCUGUCUUCCCCUGUACCUUGGCGGUGUCUGUUGGACGUUGGUGUACGACAGUAUCUAUGCGCAUCAGGUAGUGCUGCGACGCGAAACACCGGGCACGUCCUUACGAUACUUUUUACAGGAUAAGAUAGACGACGUAAAGGCGGGUAUACGUUCCACGGCACUACUUUUCGGGGAGAAAUCACGGCCUAUUCUCAGUGCGCUUUCCGCAUCUGCUAUGUCACUCGUGACCUAUGCAGGCGUAGUAAAUGUACAGGGUGUACCUUUCUACCUUGGGGUAGGUCUUGGAGGGGUUCAGCUUGUCAAGGUUCUCUGGAGCAUCAACUUCGAUGACCGAGUCAGUUGCUGGAAAGGGUUUGUCGG